UCUCUGACUCAGGAUCUCCUCCUCUCCUCCUCCUCUCCUCCUCCCUCCUGCUCCUCCUCUCUGGUGGUGUCUCUCUGUGUGUGUGUCUGAGCCAGCUGUUUCUCACCGGAGCUCUGACACUGUGAGACGGCGUCGUUACUACGUGAAGAGCGUGGAGACAAUGGCCAGAGAUUACAGGCACUGCUCUGAAUGAACUGGGAUAUACGGACACACCAGUGUUUUUUCUUUUUCAUAACAAGUGGCCAAAGCAGACAGCUUUCUUUUGUGGAUCUUCACAUAUCUGCAGAAUAUAUUAAGAGAGAGUGUGUGUGUGUGAGCUUUUUUAUGAUUAUCAUAACAAAAGCUGGUCGGGACAAAAGCCCAUAAACGCUGCUGUUGUUCCACAAUAACUGUGAGAAAGCGGAGAAAAAACACGUGGCUUGGUUUAAAGGAGCAGAGGCGAUGAAAACAGCGGAGGAGCCGGAGAGGAGUUUCAUUCAUUGGACUUAAAGCUGUAUGCUGUGUUUUGGCCAGUCGACCUUCUUCCGCUUCAACCACCCUGAAGAAGCCUUCAGGAUGAAGAGCAUGGUGCCCCAGGGAGGGAGCGUCUCCACCGGGGACUACAGGCGAUGUGCAGACACGGAGAGCUUGGUCAAUGGGAAUCACCGGGCCAGUCCAGCCCAGUCUCCCCCAGCUCCUGGAGAGAGAGUCCAGUCUGAGCACAGUGCAAUCGUCAGCUCUAUCGAGAAGGACCUCCAGGACAUCAUGGACUCCCUAGUCAUGGAUGACCCCCAGCCUUCUUCCUCAGAGGCAAAAAAGCCUCCUGGAGGUCAACCCAUUCCCCACUCCCCUCUAUCACCCAUGGUCAAUGGAGGGGGCCGGUAUCUGCUGUCCCCUCCUACCAGCCCAGGGGCCAUGUCCGUGGGGUCCAGCUAUGAGAAUACAUCCCCUCCCUUCUCUCCCCUGUCCUCUCCCUCAGCGGCCAGCAGCGGGAGCUUUACCAGCCCGUCUCCUAGUGGAGGACCUCAGGACCAGAGUUCGUCUCUGCCACCAGUGCCUGUACGCUCCUCUAGCUACAACUUCACCACCCAGCCUCCACCUGUACCCCAGCCACGGACCAUACUGCCUAAUUUUAGCAGCAGUGGGGUGGGCCAGAAGGUUCAGGAAAGCCCCAGGCUGCAGAGGAAGGUCUUAAUCGAGGCUCCUGCAAGCCCCAAGCCAAACCGCAGAGGACUAGGCCAAGAUGGGUCUGAGAGCCCCCGGCAGACGCCUCUUCUGUCUUCUACUGAAUCUCUCAGUAGUAGAAACAUUGUGCCAAGUAGCCCCAGGCUCACUCCCAAAUUCCCUACCUGUCCGUCUCCGUCACCCUCCAGUCCCAGGACCAAGACAACCACAGUGCUCCAGGAAAGGCCUGCCAGCCCUUUCAAAGAGCAGACCAGUCUAUCUGAUUGCUCCCUAUCCUCCAGCUCCUCCAGGCAGCUUUCCCAACCCUCCAGAGGCUUCCAGCCUCCCCUGGACCCUAUUGUCCACAUAAUCCAAGGAUCACCACUCCAGCAGCAUCCACGUUCACUGCAGCCCCCUGAAAGCCCUCGUAUGGCCAGGAGGAACAUGGAGCUGAACGGUGGUAGUGGAGGGGUCAGCAGUAUGAGAGAGCUGCCACCUCUUAGUCCCUCAAUGGCUCGUAGAGGGGUCCCGGUACUCCCGGGGGCACUUCCAGGGACAGUGCCCACAUUGAGGACUCCAGAUAGCCCCUCAGGUCUCAUCAAGUUUGUCCCAGAGAGUCCAAGGCUUCGACGCAAGUCCGGAUCUACAUCUGAAGAGCCAGCAUGCAGCAGAGGGAUCCGAGCCCGCAGUCCAUCACCUACCUCUAUGAUGAUGGAGGGCGGUGGUGGUGCAGGAGGACGGAAGGCGAGCUUUGGGAAUUCUCUGUCACCUGCUUACAGUCUGGGCUCUCUACCUGGCUCAUCCCCCGUAGCCAGCCCAAGGACCCAUCGGAAGAUGUCUGCAGGGAGACCACACCCAGGAAUGAGGGAGAGGAAGAACAGCAUCACAGAAAUCAGUGACAACGAGGACGAGCUGCUGGAGUACCAUCGACGACAGAGAGAGGAGAGGCUUCGAGAGCAGGAAAUGGAGAGACUGGAGAGACAGCGACUAGAGACCAUCCUGAACCUCUGUGCUGAAUACAACAAAGGAGAGAGCACCGGCCUGGACCCUCUGAGCUCAGGGAGGACAGGUUUCCCUGGUGGACCGACAGACGGCCUGGGACGUCGACCGUCCAUGGAGAACAUCCUUGGGGGGAUACCAUCCUCAGCUACACUCCGCCUGCUGCAGAGGCAGAGAGAGAGUGACGAGGAGAACCUGAAGGAGGAGUGUAGUAGCACGGAGAGCACUCAUCAGGAGGUGAGGACAUCUCCUGGUCCCAGCACAGCAUCAGCGCUGCACAAUGGAGACAGACAGCAUGAAGACUCAUCCAGCUCUGGCAGCGCGGGUCGUCUGGAGCUGGGCUACCUGGAAGACGAGCGUGUCCGCGUCCUCGCUCGGAUCGACGAGCUCAAAACGCGGCUAAUGGAGCUGGAGCAACAGCUGCAGGAGUCCAAACAAGAGGCAGAGAUGGAGCGUGCCUUGCUGCAGGGCGAAAGGCAGGCGGAGCUCGACCAGAUAGAGGCCGAAACGGACAUCAUCACUCAGCUGCAGCACAAGCUGGACGAGCUGGAGAGCGCCAUCCAGAGGGAGAAAGACAAGGAGAGGGCUAAUGUUGAGGCCGAGCGCCGGUCCCUGCAGAGCCUCCAGGAGGGCUACGCUGAGCUGAAGAACCAGCUUCAUAACUGUCCCGAGUCCUUGCGGGAACAGUUGCAGGAACAGCUCAAAAGGGAUGGAGAGGCGCUGGAAGCAGGAACCAAAAAGUUCGAGGACCUGGAGUUCCAGCAGCUGGAGAGAGAAAGCAGCCUGGAGGAGGAGAGAGAAACCAUCAGCCAGCAGCUGCUCCAGGAGAGAGCAGAGUACCACAGCAGCGUGGCCAAGAGGAAGGAGAAAGUGUCUGCUCUGGAGAACCAGGCCAACCAGCUCGGCCUGCAGGCAUCUCAGGAGUGUGAACGGCUGGCCAAAGACAGGACCCUCACGCUCCAAAUGCUCCAAAAGGAGAAGGAGAGGCUGUCAGCUCUGGAGAAGAGAUACCACAGCCUGACAGGGGGAAAGAGCUUCCCCAAGUCCUCCACUGCGAUGAGAGAGGAAGCGCUCCAUAUCAGCGAGGCUGACCUGCUGUUGGAGGACAUCCACUCCUCCCAGCAUUCCCUCUGUCGAGCUGCUCCUUCCUACUUACAUCCCUCCCCUCCCUGUCAGUUGUAUCCCAGCAGCCCUACGGAGGAGUACCUGAAGCUGUCGGAUGUCUAUAAGAUGUACGGUAGCUGCAGCGGCCGCCAUGAAAGCAGCAAGCCCGCCGCUCACGGCCGCUCGUUUGCCGUAGAUGCUGCGUUAGCUGGCGCUUGUGAGGAGUAUGUGACAGUGGGCCAGUUAAAUCAGAUGUAUGGGAUGCCAAAGGUGGAGUCAUCCCCUACUUCCCCGCUUCGCCAGCCCCUGCAGUCUGGACCCGUAGACCCCGCCUUCUCCUGCCUCGCCUCUCCUCAUGGCUCCUCCCUCUCUCUUUCUGCAGAGUACCCGUCUGAGGGCAGUAGGCCUCACCUCUCCAAGCUAAAUUUAGAGCAGUGGUACCAGGAGCUGAUGGCUGGCUCCAGCCAGCUCUGCCCCCUACCUCUGCCAGCCAAGUCGCUGUCAGGCCGCAGGCAUGUGCUGCAGGUGUUCCGCUCUAAGCUGGACAGUGAUCCAGGUCUGUCUCCCCAUCAGCACAAAUCAGGCUCCGCGUCCCCUCUGCAGCACGGAGCGGCAACACUGGGACGCAACGCAAGCUCAAAGAGCCCCCUGCUGACGGCCAACAGCACCGGCAGCCUGCCCAGGAACCUGGCUGCAACUCUGCAGGACAUCGAGACCAAGAGACAGCUCGCUCUGCAGCAGAAAGGUCAGCAGGUGAUCGAGGAGCAGCGCCGCCGUCUGGCCGAGCUCAAGCAGCGAGCGGCAGCUGAGGCUCAGUGUCAGUGGGAAGCGCUUCACGGCUCUCAGACCCACCUCAUGACCUCAUCCGCCUCCUCGCCAUCCUACUCCCCGAUCAUGUCCUACAGCCCGGUGCUCAGCCACAGCUCUGUAGGACCCCCGCCUCUGGUUCACCACUCCAUCCUGCACCACCAGCCCCCGUCAGCUGGAGAGCAGCCCUACGACACCCUGAGCCUGGAGAGCUCCGACAGUAUGGACACCAGCGUGUCCACGGGGAACAACUCGGCGUGCUCGCCAGAUAACAUGUCCAGCAUCGGAGGAGCGGACGUGCUGAAGAUCGAGGAGAUGGAGAAAAUGCUGAAGGAGGCGCAGUUGGAGAAAGCCAGGCUUAUUGAAUCGCGGGAACGAGAGAGCCUGGCUCGCCGUCAGAUGCUGGAGGAGGAGAGGAGGAGGAGGGAGGAGGCGGAGAAGAGACUGCAGGAUGAAACUUUCCACCGGCAGCAGCUCGUGGAGAAGGAGGUCAAGAUGAGGGCCAAGAACUUCUCUCAGGCCCGUCCCAUGACUCGCUACCUGCCCAUCCGGAAGGAAGAGUUCGACCUGCGCUCCCACGUCGAGUCGUCCGGCCACAGUGUGGACACCUGCUACCAGGUCAUCCUCACUGAGAAGAUGUGCAAGGGCUACCUGGUGAAGAUGGGGGGCAAGAUCAAGUCGUGGAAGAAACGCUGGUUCGUCUUCGACCGCCUCAAAAGGACUUUCUCCUACUAUGUUGACAAACACGAGACCAAGCUGAAGGGAGUGAUCUACUUCCAGGCGAUAGAAGAGGUCUAUUACGAUCACCUCCGCAGUGCCACAAAGAGUCCGAACCCCUCCCUGACCUUCUGCGUGAAGACCCACGAUCGACUCUACUACAUGGUGGCCCCGUCGGCAGAGGCCAUGAGGAUCUGGAUGGACGUGAUCGUCACAGGAGCGGAGGGAUACACGCAGUUCAUGAACUGAGAGAUAGUAGAGAGAGCGCGCAGGUGACGAGCAGAUAGUUUCGGCAGGGACUCUCCCAUCACAGACUCUACAGGCCCCCUCUCCCCGUUUCCAGUCCACAGUGGACACAGCGCCUUGUUUGUUACUUUUCAUUUUUAAUCUCACACUUUUGAUUUUACGAUGUAGAUGUUUUCACCUCCACAUUUUCUACGUGAUUCUGUUCGGAUUGAAAAAGGGAGCCCAUGGAGGACACACACACAAACACUCACACUUCUGUAUAUAAACCAAAAUCUGUACCUGAUAAAGACUUUAAAAAAAACAUUUCUAUAUUGCCAAAUGGAGAUCUUGUAGUUACUGUUUGUUGAACCUUUUGUAUUGUUUCCUUUCUUUCUUUCUUUUUUUACUUCUAGA